UCUGCACAUAUACAGUCCUCUGAUAUCCAAGCAAGAAAAAAAAAACAAGCACGAAAUAUAAUUUAACGAUGGCCAAUUCUAAUAGUAUCGUUCUUGUCUCUGCCCUUUGCUUCUUGUCGCUCAUCGGCGUCGCCUACUCCACCGAGACCCUCAAUGUCCACGGCAUUGUUUAUUGCGAUAAUUGCCGCACGCAGUUCUUUACCAGAAUCAGUGAACCCCUCACAGGUGCAAAGGUGAGAUUGGAAUGCAGAGAGAGUGAAGGGGGAAAAGUAACUCUAACCAAAGAGGUAGACACCGAGGAAUUAGGAACUUACUCCAUUCCGGUGGAAGGAGACCAUGAAGAGGAGGUUUGCGAGGUGAUCUUGGUGAAGAGUCCCAAGGAGGACUGCAGCGAGAUCAGCAACGAGCUUCAUGCGAAGCUCAGCGCGAGGAUCAGCCUCACGAACCACAAUGGCAUCACCGGGCCUCAUCGCAUGGCGAACCCUCUCGGUUUCAUGAAGAAGGAGGUUGAUCCUAGGUGCGCUGAGGUCCUCAAGGAGCUCGGACUCACCCCCGAUGGCGAAUUUAUUGACGGCGCUCCUGAUGCCGCUCCUGAUGGCGCUGCUGAAUAAGCCAUCAAUAAUUUUACGUACUUCAGAAAACCAAUGGGAAUUGAUAUCCCAGCCUUUAUUAUUCGAUCAUGUGUAAUCAAUAAAUGGGGUUUUUAUUCAUUUCCCCUACUAAUCCAUAAGUGAUAUGCAUGAGAAAUUUAAAUUAUACAUCGAUCUAUCGAUCUGCAGUAGUAGCACUUAAUUUAGGGUCAUAUUUUUCUCAAGGUUUCCUGCAAUAUUCUUCAAAUCUCAUGUGAUCAGCUA